AUGUGCUCGUUAGCGUCAGGCGCUACCGGUGGCACUGGUGUCCGUUUGCGUGUGCUAGGCGCCGCGGAGGAGGAGGACCCGCCAGGCCUGUCCGACAGCGGAGACGAGGCCAGCUGGGAGGAUGAGGACGACGCGGAUCUCCCCCACGCCGAGCAGCGGACCCCCUGCCUGUUCUGCGACAGGUUAUUUACAUCUGCUGAAGAAACAUUUUCACACUGUAAGUCGGAGCAUCAAUUUAGUAUUGAUAACAUGGUUCGUAAACAUGGACUUGAAUUUUAUGGAUACAUUAAACUGAUAAAUUUUAUUAGACUUAAGAAUCCUACAGUUGAAUAUAUGAACUCCAUAUACAACCCAGUGCCUUGGGAGAAAGAAGAGUAUUUAAAGCCUGUAUUAGAAGAUGACCUUUUACUUCAAUUUGACGUAGAAGAUCUUUAUGAGCCGGUGUCAGCCCCGUUCUCCUAUCCCAAUGGGCUCAGUGAAAAUGCAUCUCUGGUUGAAAAAUUGAAGCACAUGGAAGCCAGGGCACUAUCUGCUGAAGCUGCAUUGGCUGGAGCACGUGAGGACCUGCAAAAAAUGAAACAAUUUGCUCAGGAUUUUGUGAUGAACGCAGAUGUCAGAGCCUGCCCAUCAUCUACCACUGCCAUUGCAGACCUCCCGGAGGAUGAGGAUGGUGUUUAUUUCAGCUCCUACGGGCAUUAUGGGAUACACGAAGAAAUGCUCAAGGACAAAGUACGAACAGAAAGUUACCGAGAUUUUAUAUACCAGAACCCACAUAUCUUCAAAGACAAGGUAGUUUUGGAUGUUGGUUGUGGAACUGGAAUUCUCUCUAUGUUUGCUGCUAAAGCAGGGGCAAAGAAGGUUCUUGGAGUUGAUCAGUCUGAAAUACUUUACCAGGCAAUGGAUAUCAUAAGAUUAAAUAAACUUGAAGAUACUAUUACACUAAUAAAAGGAAAAAUUGAAGAAGUUCGUCUUCCUGUAGAAAAAGUGGAUGUUAUUAUAUCCGAGUGGAUGGGCUAUUUUCUUCUCUUUGAGUCUAUGUUAGAUUCUGUCCUUUAUGCAAAGAACAAAUACUUGGCAAAAGGAGGAUCGGUCUACCCUGAUAGUUGCACUGUCAGCCUUGUGGCAGUAAGUGAUAUGAAUAAGCAUGCUGAUAGAAUUGCUUUUUGGGAUGACGUCUAUGGCUUCAACAUGUCCUGCAUGAAGAAAGCAGUCAUUCCGGAGGCUGUGGUGGAUGUUUUAGAUCCAAAGUCACUUAUUUCAGACGCCUGUAGUGUUAAGCAUAUAGAUUGUCAUACAACAUCUGUCUCAGAUUUGGAAUUUUCUUCAGAUUUUACCCUAAAAAUCACAGAGACAUCAUUGUGCACGGCAAUUGCUGGCUACUUUGAUAUAUAUUUUGAGAAGAAUUGCCACAACAAGGUUGUGUUUUCUACGGGCCCACUGAGCACCAAAACACACUGGAGACAAACAAUAUUUUUACUGGAGAAGCCAUUUUCAGUUAAAGCAGGUGAAGCCUUGAAGGGAAAGAUCACAGUGCACAAGAAUAAGAAAGAUCCACGUUCUCUCAUUGUGACCCUCACAUUGAACAAUACAACUCAAACUUAUGGUCUUCAGUAA